AUGGCGGGCUGGUUCGCGUCCUCCAACUCCGCUCUCGACGAGCAGGUCGAGCGUGCCACCUCUUCUAGCUUAGAAGACAUCGCGCUCAACCUCGAGAUCUCCGACAUAAUUCGGUCCAAGACGGUCCAGCCGAAGGAGGCCAUGCGGUCCAUCAAGAAGCGGAUAGGCAACAAGAAUCCGAACGUGCAGCUGGCCGCCCUCAACCUUACCGACACGUGCGUCAAGAACGGCGGUGACCACUUCAUCAUUGAAAUCGCGUCGCGCGAGUUCAUGGACAACCUCGUUUCGCUGCUCAAGGCAUACGGCCCCGCAGAAGUCAACCAGGACGUCAAGGAGAAGAUACUGGAGCUGAUACAAACCUGGGCUAUCGCCGCCGAAGGCCGUCCCCAGCUCGUCUACAUUCCUGAGAUCUACAGGUCGCUGCAGCGCGAAGGCUUCCAUUUCCCGCCGCGCCAGGAGGUUCUUAGCAGCAUGUUUGACAGCAGCGCGCCCCCCGAGUGGACUGAUUCCGACGUUUGCCUGCGAUGCCGGACCGCCUUCACCUUUACCAAUCGAAAGCACCACUGUCGCAACUGUGGAGGCGUCUUCUGCGGCUCGUGCUCCAGCAAGAACCUCGCUCUCCCCCAUCUUGGAAUAAUGCAGCCAGUGCGCGUGGACGAUGGAUGCUAUAUUAAGCUUACCGAUAAGAAUCGGGGAACUCCUGUGCCGAAAGGGUUCGAUGCUUCGAAGCCAGCCAGGACGCUAUACCAAGGCUCUCUCGAGCCGAGGAGCGCACGGGUGGAGGACAGUUUCGAUGCGGAUCUCAAGAGAGCGCUGGAAAUGAGUCUGGAGGAAGUCAAGGCAAACACCGCAUCGGGCUAUGUUCCUCAGCCACAAGUCCAGUCGAAGCCGCCGGAUGGUGCUCAGAAUGAGGAGGAAGAGGAUGCGGACCUCAAGGCUGCCAUUGCGGCGUCUAUUGCUGACAUGGAGGAACAAAAGAAGAAGCAUGCGGCCCAACUCAAGCAACAGACAUCGUCUUCAAACGGCAGCGCGGUUGCGAUACCACCGCGGAAUGACUACGAGCUUAGUCCCUCCGAAGCCGAGAACAUCAGUCUUUUUGCUACCUUGGUGGAACGACUUCAGCACCAGCCGCCCGGAACCAUUCUCCGGGAACCACAAAUCCAGGAGUUGUACGAGAGCAUUGGAAAGCUACGCCCAAAGCUUGCCAGGACAUAUGGCGAGACCAUGAGCAAGCAUGACACACUUCUUGAUCUUCAUGCAAAGCUUUCAACCGUUGUUCGUUAUUACGAUCGUAUGCUUGAAGAGCGUCUGUCGAAUACCUAUACCCACGCUAGUUAUGGUUUCCAGCCAAGCAUGCCACGUCCAUCUUCGAAUCUUUACCCCAGCAUUUCGUCCGGCGCGGCGGAUGGUCCUUCCGGCGCAGAAAGCUUCUACAGCGGAAACAACGACCCCUACGCUCCCCCACAACCUACAUACAACCAGUACGCGCAACCACAGCAGCAACCAUACGUGCCGAAUCGGACCUCGAUGCCACCGCAGGGUUUCCCUCAACAUCAAGAUCCGCAAUUCCAACAGCAGCAGUAUUACGGUGCACAACAACCCCCACAACAACAACAACAACAACAACCUAACGUCCCAUACCCGCAAGCUCCGGCUUCCGAGGGCUCGGCUUCUCCACAGCUCCAGCGCCGAUCUUCGAAUCUACAACAGCCAUCUGCCCCUCCGGCUGGCCAGUAUGCUCCGUCUCAGCCAUCGAUUCCCGACGAGCCCAGUGCUGCCUACUAUUACAACAGCGAACAGCCAAGUGCGCCUCCAACUGCUCCUCCGCAACAACAACAUCAGCCUCCGCAGCCCUCCUCGCCACAACUCUACCACCAGCAACCUCCUCAACAGCCGCCACAGGAGUCCCAGGCACCGCCCCCGCAGGCGCAACAGCAGGCCCCACAGCAACCAUACUGGCAGCAACCGCCGCAGCAGCAGGCUGCUCCCCCUCAGCAAGUACCUUAUUGGCAACAGCCGCCGCCGCAGCAGUACGCAUAUCCACCACAGCAGACCGCGGGUGGCUACGCUGCAGAUUCUUUCCCGAGUGCGCCUCAACAUCAACCGCAGGCUCCGAAGGAAGAGGCGCUGAUCGAGCUAUAA